AUGGCUGCCCAAGCAGGAGAGGAAAGAUUAAUGAUCGUGUUCGCUGAUAUUCAUUAUUUCUUCGGCCUUCCCACACCAAAGCCUUCCUCACACCGUUUUGAGAAGGGCUCUUAUCUGUAUCUUUAUGGUAACAGAAGUGGAAGUGGAGCAAGACUAGAGGUUGCGAACAAUGCUGGCACUCAAUACCAAGAUGCUUUCACUGGCAAUUUCGACACAGCCACCGUUCGCCAAUCGCACAAACACCCUACGUUGUGCACAGUGACCAUAGAUGGGUACCAUCGCAGGGGCUCUAAUGCUGGGACUCCUACCCCAAGAGCUCAGCAUCAUUGGAUGUUGCCGGAUCCACACGCGCAGGGCCAUCGUCUCCUCCCUCUCCAUACCGUGGACGUGUACUUCUGGACGUCACAGGAUGCAGACAGUUUUGUCAACAAUGUUAAAAAGCUUCUGCAACAUGAUCAGGUAGUCUUGCUUGACGUACCGACUCCGCAACCUGCUCAAGAAAAGGCCAUGAGCCCAGUUGUGCAACAGCUUGAAAAAGCGGCCAUACAGGACCCCUCUUAUCAAGCUCGCAACAACAAUAGCCCAUCACAAACGCCUUCUUCUCAAGCUACGGGCGGCUCUUCCAAGCCAGCGGAUCCAGCUGCUUACCAACCGCUGGCUUAUAACCCUGCUGCCCCUGCUGCCCCUGAACCCAUCAAGCAUCGAGAGAAGACUCCACCGCCUGCGGAUGCGGAUACCGGUACCGGUCUAGCUGCAGCAGCAUAUGCGGAUCAAACGCAAAUGGCUUCACAAAGCUCACUGUCUCGCCCGCCAUACGGGCAGUCAUCUUACUCUCAUGGCUAUGUUGGCUCUCCUCCACAAGCUCCUUCCUCGUCACACAUACCAACAGCUACUGGACAGCGCUUGGGAAGUGUUGCUUCAAUCCCACCACCACCACCUCAAAGCCCACCCAAUCAGGCCUCUCCUUCCAACCAACAGCUGGUACCUACCUUCAGUCCUCCACCACAAACAGCGGAUGCACCACAAUAUGACGAGAGCGGCAAGCCUUUACAGUCACCGGCUACGCAAGUCCUCGGCAAUUCGUACGUUGGAGGUGCUCAUCAGCCGUUGCAGCACGUUCAGCCUCAAUAUGCAGAUUAUCUUGGAUCUACAGGGCAUCAAUCUCCCGCCCCUCCUGGUGGUUACUCCAAUUUUACAUACACACCACAGCCGCCGCAGGCACCAGAGCGACAGGGCACAGGUUACGAUGUUCAUAGUCAGGUUUAUCGACCGACAGAAGAUGAAGCCAAGCGUGAUAAAAAGCACACCGGCCCGCAAGCAGGUCCUGGCCAGCAAGCUGGCAAGCUUGAGCAACAAGCAGGGCGGGUUGACAAAGGUGUUAAUCGAUUGAUCAAGGGAAUUGGGAAGAGAAUGGGCUAA